AUGAAAUUGAGAUUGGCAACUUGGAUGAAAGGGAUAGGUGUAUCUGGACCCCCACUUCUAAUGGGAAUUCUUCAUGUGCUUCAGCUUGGAAGAUCAUUAGACAGACAUCAGAAACAACCUAUUUUCAGUCAAAUAUGGGGAAGGGAAUUCCUUUUAAAAUAUCCUUCUUUAUGUGGAGGAUUAUUAGAAGGAAACUACCUAUUGACAGUAUUAUCAGGAGCUUUGGGAUCCAAGUUGAUACCAGAUGUAACUGCUGCAGAACCUCACAACUGGAAUCUAUUGACCAUGUCUUUACCACCAGUGAUCUUGCCAUCAAAGUGUGGAACUUUGUGGCCAGACCUCUUGGGAUUUUUCACAAUGCCAAUACUGUCCAAAGGAGCUUUAGAUUGCUGGUGGCAAAUAGUAGCAAAGAAUGAAGUCUACAAGAUGCUUCUCCAUAUCACACCUUGCUACACCUUAUGGGAAAUCUGGAAAGCAAGGAAUGCAAAAAGGUAUGAUAGCAAAAACAUAUCAAUGUUCAGGGUAACUAACCAAAUUCUUUUCAAUGUGCAGGUACACAUAUCCGAAAAAUUCAGCAAAAUGGAUACAACAUGGAUAUGGGAUAAAGUGUGCUACAUUGUUGAACAGUACAAACCAAGAAUCACAAGCAUGAUGGUCCAUUGGGAUAGACCUCAAGGAAACAAAUUGAAACUCAAUACAGAUGGGAGCUUCAUAGGAAGUAGUAAAUCUGCAGGGAUUGGAGGAAUUGUUAGAAAAGGAAAUGGAGACAUGGUAAUGGCAUUUACUAAAAGUGUUGAUUUCUCUACUAACAAUUCUUGUGAACUGCAGGUUGCUGUUUGUGGAAUUAACUGGUGCUGUGAAUAUCAACAAGGACAACUUAUUCUGGAGAUGGACUCAUUGGUCGUGGUGAAUAUGCUUAAGGGCCAAACAACAGUACCAUGGAACCUUAGAAGAGUAAUAAAAGAAACACAAAGGAAAAUUCAGAACUGUCACAUUGAAGUUAUACACUGCUACAGGGAAGCUAAUGCAGUUGCAGGCGCACUAGCCAAGCUUGUAGCUACAAAUCCAAACACUGAGGAGAUGAUCUACAGGGAAGAAGAUCUUCCCGAAAUCACUAGAGGACCUCUAUGGAUGGGCAAACUCCAUUUAGCCUCCUUCAGGUUCAAGAAAUGUAAACACUCUGGCUGGUACUUUGAACCACGUUGA